AGCGAGCCACAGAGGCAGGCUCUAACUCCAACCCAAUGAGCUCGCAGCCCUCACACUCACACACACUCCUUACACACACACACUCUCCUCAGCACCGGCUCUCGCUCUUGCUUCAACCCUGGGACACAGAAGAAGAAGAAGGAGAGAAGAGAGAGGCAGCGAGUGGUAGAGAGGGAGAGUGAGGGCGAGGGAGUAAGAGAGGAGAGAGGGAGAGAGAGGCAGUGGGAGACUGGCGGGGUGUGAGGGAGAACACCAUGGCUUCAGAUCCGGGGCUGGCUGCGAUGCUGCUAUGGACUAUAUCACUACAGGCUCUGGGCACAGCAGGAACUAACAGUAACGAAGUGAAUCUGCUGGAUACGACGACGAUCACAGGAGACUGGGGCUGGCUAACAUAUCCAUCACACGGGUGGGACGCCAUUAAUGAGAUGGACGAGUACUUCAGUCCCAUCCACACAUAUCAGGUCUGUAACGUGAUGAGUCCCAGCCAGAACAACUGGCUGAGGACAGGCUGGAUCCCUCGAGAGGGAGCCAGGAGGAUCUACAUUGAGGUCAAGUUCACCCUGAGAGACUGCAACAGCAUGCCUGGAGUACUGGGCACCUGCAAGGAAACCUUCAACCUUUACUAUUAUGAGUCUGACAGAGCGGUGGGCUCAGCCAUACGGGAGAACCAGUUCAUUAAGAUUGACACCAUUGCUGCUGAUGAAAGCUUCACAGGGGUGGACCUGGGGGUCCGCCGACUUAAACUCAACACUGAGGUGCGAGGUGUGGGACCUCUGAACAGACGAGGCUUCUACCUGGCCUUCCAAGACAUUGGUGCCUGCAUCGCCCUCACCUCGGUGCGGGUAUACUACAAACGCUGUGUGGGGGUGAGCCGUAACCUGGCUGUGUUCACCGAUGUGGUGACAGGUGCCGACUCAUCCUCUCUAGUCGAGGUCAGGGGUCAGUGUGUGGAUCAUGCCGAGGAGAGGGAUACGCCCAAAAUGUACUGCAGUGCUGAGGGAGAGUGGCUGGUGCCCAUUGGGAGGUGUGUGUGCUCUGCUGGAUUCGAAGAGCACAGAGACUCCUGUGUGGCCUGUGAGGUGGGCUUCUAUAAGCCAGUGGCGGGUGAUGGCCUGUGUGGUAAAUGUCCCCAACACAGCCACUCAGAGACCAGAGCCGCCAUCUCCUGCCCCUGUGACUCCAACUUCUAUCGAGCAGCAGAUGACCCACCAGCAGCUCCAUGCUCCCGUCCUCCAUCUGCUCCAAUAAAUGUCAUUUCGUCGGUCAAUGGGACAUCUGUGAACUUAGAGUGGGAUCGUCCUCUGGAUACUGGAGGUCGUAGUGACCUGCAGUACAGUGUAUUGUGUCAGAAAUGCUCUGGGGAAGGAGGGACCUGUGAGGACUGUGCAUCCUCCCCAGGAGGCAGUGGUGGGGGGAAAGCAGGUGGCGGGGCGAGUAUUGGGACCGGAGGAGGAGGGAUGGUGGAACGUUCAGGCACUGCAGCAGUUCGGUUCGUCCCGCGGCAGACUGGGUUGACAGAGCCCUGGGUGACGGUGCUCAACCUGGUGGCUCACACCAACUACUCCUUCCGCAUCCUGGCUAUGAACGCUGUGACACACCUAAGCAACGAACCAUCGCUGUAUGCCAUUGUCAACAUCACAACAAACCAGGCAGCCCCUUCUGAAGUGUUAGCCAUCCGCCAGGAGAACACCAGUCAGAACAGCGUGACUCUGCUGUGGCAUGAACCCGACCAGCCCAACGGAGUAAUUCUGGAGUAUGACAUCAAAUACUACGAGAAGGAUAAUGAAGAGCAGAGUUACUCCACUCUGAAGUCUAAAAAUACCAGCGCCCGAGUGUCAGGGCUGAAGCCGGGUACCAAGUACAUCUUCCAGGUCCGAGCCAGAACAUCAGCAGGCUGCGGACGCUUCAGCCAGAAUGUGGAGAUCCAGACUGGAAAAGCAGCUCCUCUACGCUACAAUACCAUGACAAUUAUAUGGAUCUGCAUGGCCCUGGUGUCCGGCCUGGUCACCUUUCUGGCCAUCAUCAUCUGCAGGAAACGGCAAGGCUACACUUUACCACACUACCCAUCGCUGCUACACUGUGGCUACAGCAAAGCCUUCCAGGACUCUGAUGAGGAGAAGAUGCAUUACCAGAAUGGUCAUGUGUCAUUCCCUGACGCGAGGUUCUAUAUCGACCCGCACACAUACGAGGACCCCUGCCAGGCAGUCCAUGAGUUUGCCCGAGAAAUUGAAGCUUCCAGGAUCAAAAUAGAGAAAAUCAUUGGUUCAGGGGAAUUUGGGGAAGUGUGUUACGGGCGUAUGAGGCUCCCAGGGAAGAGAGACAUCCCAGUGGCCCUGAAGACCCUGAAGGCAGGAUACACAGAGAAGCAGAAGAGGGACUUCCUGGCCGAGGCUUCCAUAAUGGCCCAGUUUGACCACCCUAACGUCAUCCGCCUGGAGGGAGUGGUAACCCAGAGCAAACCGGUAAUGAUCAUCACAGAGUACAUGGAGAAUGGCUCACUGGACUCCUUCCUCAGGAGACAUGAUGGCCAGUUUACGAUCAUCCAGCUGGUGGGGUUGCUACGUGGCAUCGCGGCUGGUAUGACCUACCUGUCUGACCUGGGCUACAUCCACAGAGACCUGGCUGCCCGUAACAUCCUGGUCAACAGCAACCUGGUGUGUAAGGUGUCUGACUUUGGCUUGUCCAGAGUACUAGAGGAUGAUCCCGAUGCUGCAUACACCACCAGUGGUGGGAAAAUACCAAUCCGCUGGACAGCCCCAGAGGCCAUUGCAUACAGGAAGUUCUCCUCCUCCAGUGAUGUGUGGAGCUAUGGUGUCGUCAUGUGGGAGGUGAUGUCUUACGGAGAGCGACCAUACUGGAACCUCACCAACAGAGAUGUGAUCAAAUCUGUGGAAGAGGGCUACAGGCUUCCUGCUCCUAUGGGCUGCCCUGCUGCUCUACACACACUCAUGCUGGACUGCUGGCAGAAGGAUCGCAAUGAGAGGCCACGCUUUUGCCAGAUAGUCACCGUUCUUGACAAGCUAAUCCGCAACCCAGAGAACCUGAAGUCCAUGGACACGCUCUGCAGUUUAAAUAGUCCUCCACUGAUGGAGAGAGCUAUCCCCGACUUCAGUAGCUGUAACUCAGUAGACGAGUGGCUGGACACCAUAAAGAUGGGCCGCUACAAGGACCACUUUGCAGCAGGGGGAUACCACACACUGGGACAUGUCAUCAGCAUGAACCAAGGGGACAUCCAGAGGCUCGGGGUGACACUGAUGGGCCACCAGAAGAAGAUCAUGACCAGUGUCCAGCUGAUGAGGGCGCAGGUCCUCAACAAGAGUGUGCCUUCAGUGCACGUAUAACUCCAACGCUGAGGUUUCUUUCUGCAGAAAUCUAGAAACCCAGGCCUCAAUAAGGUCUAGAGGGACUCCACGGGAAACAAGAUGAUCAGAUAAAAGGGAGAAGAAGAUGUUUGGAAACUUUACAGGACUUUUUCCUUGAGAAAUUGAAGAACAAAAGGUGAAAGGUUUUAACUAUGGAGCAAGUAUACGUGACUUCUUAAGGACAAGUUCAACCUUUCAUUUUUUCCUAUCCAGCUACAUUUUCUGAGUUUUAAUGUCUUGUUUAUAAAUGGAAAGACUGCCUUAAUUACACAAAUUAUUUUAAUUUUAUUGUCUACAAAGAGAAGAUAAUUUAUCAAUCAUGAAUUUAUCAGAGUAAUAUGAUUUACUGAACUGGGCAAUAGCAAGAGUACAUGGAAUGAUAUAUAGGGUGGGGGUGGGGAUGAAGGUGUUUUCAAAUGUUCUGAUGACACUAGCUGACUCUCCUGGAGUGACAGCUUGAGGAGAAUAAGGCCCCGACUGAGGCUCCAGUCAGACAGAGUGGAGAAAAGUGAGAUAGGGCUCACCCGAGUUGCCAGAUCAUCUCCACAGUGGAGAAGACCUAUUUCACCCCAGGCUAUUAAUACCAACAACAGGCACAUUCUCCGCAGCCCAACCUUGAUGAAUGACCCCAAGAGAGCCCUAGAGCCCUCUGCCCAGUUUGAAGCUGCGCAGCGCACAACUACUGGAAGGAAGAUGUGUAUGAUUCAGUUACAGUGCACUUUAUUCUACAAUCUCUCUGUGUUGUAGAGGCUUUGCAGUUGUGUCACAAAUCUCCUCGCAGCCACAACUGGAGCUAUGAUGUUGGUCUGUUGAAGAAUUAGUUGUCUGAAAAUGUUAAAAAAUACAUAAAUAAUAAAUAACUAUACAUUAUAAAACCCCAGAAAAAGAGAUAUCUAAAAUUAUGUAGUGAUAUAAGUAGCUCGCUCUCUUUCCAAAUUUACUUCACUGUAACAAUAAAUUGUAACAAUAACAAUAAUUAAAUUACAUAUGUGUUUAGAUAGGCAUAAAAAAUCAUUUUGGCCAUUUCAUAAAUGAUGCAUCUGAUGCAUUUUCAGUACAUUAGCAGAUUUUUUUUAUUAAAUGUGCACUGCAAUUUAAAAUGCCAGAAGUCCCAGAAAACCCCUCCAAAAAGUUAAAUUAUUUUCUCAUUUUCUUUCAGUUUGAGUUCGUUUGUUUUCCAGAUCAAAUAGAUUGAAAAAACAAAACAAAACAAAAAAAACUUUUUUAUAUCACAAUAUAAUAUUUUCACAGCAUGUCAGACUACAUGCUUUCCUUGAUUACUUUCAGAUGCAGAAACACAUUUUCAAAGCAUUUUUAAAAUGCAUUUACCAGAUCCCAUAAAUUGGUUAUGUAUGAUGGCCAAAAUCACCACUGUCUCACUAAGCUCCCAGUGUUGGCUAAAUCAAAUCUUUCUUAUGACCACCAUCAUUAAAAAUGUGACAGUGGUUUAUAUUACAAUUUAUCCUGAAGUGGCUCAUAACUGUGAAACAUGGAACAAUUUUGAAAAACAUUUUUAUAUUUCCUUAAGUAAUCCCUUAAAUGUUAAAAUUCCUUAAAUAUUAAUCCAGUAUUAAUAUACUUAACAUCUGUUUAGCUUUCUAUCAAAAUUAGAUAUAUAUUAGGUUGGAUCAUCCCAAAGUUGGUGUUUCAACAUCUGCAUCAGAUUUUUCUGGGAGGUGUGUGUUACACCUGAAAGCCCCCUUAUUCUCUUGGCAUUUAUGAACAAAGUGGUACAGAAGCUUGUUUAUUAUUUGAAACUUAUUUUUGGAAUCAACAUUGGCACUAAUACUAUUCAGUGCAAUAACUCUGUACCCCAGAGUAUAUAUCUGAACACAUUUCUAUUGUGAAUGCUGGGAAUAUAGUGCACAUAAGCUACGCAGACUGUAAAAUAAAGUGUAACUUCUGAUUAAAUGUGAUGACACUGCCUCAGUGUUGAUGAAAAAGGUGAAGACGAACAUGUAAGUAGAAUGUUUAUAUCUAAACACUCUCAAAAGUACAUAAUCAGCCCUAAUUUAUACCCCCCUCUGUGCCAUCAAGAGAAUGUUUUUUCUUGUGCACCUUGGUAGGUUUUCCUCUAGAUGGUUGAUGUCAGUUUUUAUUAGAGAAGAACCUCAUGAUAUUUCUUGAAUAUGUAUUAUUGUGACAUUUCACCACUGGUUUCAGAAGAUUUCUUUUUUUUUUUUCUUUAGGAUGCUUUUCAAGACACUGGACUUGAACUGAAAACCCAUAUUUUAUAAAGUUAGGAUAUGUUUUUGCUAGAUUAAUUGAUUUAUAAUGUAUACAGCAAGUUCAGUCACUGGAAGGAAGAAAAAAACUGCAACAAUCGGAUUUAUUCACUUUACAUUAUUUAUUCAUGUUAAUUUGUUUUCCAAAUAAUACAACUCUAAGCGUUUUUAUUACAGUUGAUGAAUCAUCCUUGUUGCUAAUGAUAAAUCAUAAAUGUGCAAACUGUCCAUAAAUACACAAUAAAGGAACGUUUGUCUGUG